CUUUGCCCACCCAAGUCUCGGCCAAUCCCCCGUAGUGGGUAUGUGCCGUGGGUCAAGAGGAAAACAACAACAGCAACAACGGCCUCCCGAGCCAUGGUGUCUGCUUUAUGGCAGUGUGUGUUGCAAGCCACUAUGGCGUAGGCCUUGGAGAGUGCGUUGUCGCGCUUCCGCCUCACCGGCCAUGAACAUAGAAGUUGAAGACCCGAUGGUGGCCCCUGCGGAUGACUGUCGCCUAGUGCUGGAUUCGUCACUGAACACUGCCAAAGCGGCUUCAGCACUGACAGUCUGUGUAGACAAUCCAGGGGUCCACUUUAAAAGGUUCUGCCGGUGCGGUCUCCAAAGGCCAGCCUUCCUGGAUUUGGAAAUAGGUGAUCCUGGCUUCAUCCAGGAGCUACACACCAAGAAACGCAACCAGAAGCUGAUGGUCCUCAUUCUUACAGUGGCCUGCAUUGUAAACCUGGCUGUCACAGGCAUUGGCAUAGCCUACUUGCGGCUGCACUUUGCACAGGAGGACAUCCUGUCCAUCGAUGAAGUGUCACCGGAUGCUCGACGGGACAAGGAGGAAGCUGCCAGUUUGUACAGCCACAUCAAAGCCAUGAUCAAAAGAAGAGUCAAGGCACCUACAAGUGCAAAGCAAACAUCAGCAACACCAGGCUAUAGGCCAAAGCACAGGCAAAGAACGCGGUGGACAUCCCGCUUCCACUUCCCGAACCUUCCAUGGUUCAAAAGUGUCACCACAAGCAUGGCACCCAAGAUCUUCAAGGCACCUUCUGGCUACUCUUUGACAUGAGCUGUCAGGUGGCUUGCCCUUGGAACUGUACAAAGCCAGCUGAAAAUGGCUGAAAUGAGAAGUGAGUGCCAUUACAUGGCACUUGGGCUAAACAAUUAGCCCAUUGCUGCUGUAUCAACCUUAUGCAUCCCACGUUGUGCUACAUUAGUACAGACUCUUGCAAAGUGUCAUGUGGGGCUGCAAAA